AUGCAGAUCGAUACUGUACUUGGCCCUGGCCCAUACAUCCCAAAUCCACUAUUAACGACACUCGAGUCUGCCGGCGACGACCAGACAGAAAAGGUCUACACCAUUAGGUUCGGAGGUAUCGAAGCUUCUGCCGACCGCUUCAAGGAUGGUUCGAUUGACGCUAUCGAGCUUGCUAUCCAGACCGCCAGGGAGGCAGUUCAAUUCGCUAUGGAGGCGGUCAUAAUUGUUGGGACAGUCUCGAGAGACGCGAGGAGUAGCAAGGAGAAGAUCACGGAGAUAGCUACAGGUACAAUAAGCGACCCUGCUGAGAUCGUUCAGGGCUAUGCUAGGCGCAGUGUCGCUGCUGUGAGUCCAGAACUAGCCAUUAGUAUUGCAGGGAAAGCGGCCAAGAUUCAAGGGGAAGUUAAUGAUGACAUGGCCAGUGGUGUCGCUUGCCAAGAUAACCAGCAAAGUCCUACACGAGACGACGACAGUCAGGCAUCGAGCCGCGGAGAUGUUCGGGGAGGCCAGGGCAUCAAGAAGUUAGUCUUGGGGCUAGCAAGACGUGCUUUGCGUGCGAGCGAUGUGUUCAAGUUUCAGAGCAGAGAGCAGCCCUGUACGCGUAUGAUUCUAUCAACAACAACAACGAGCUUAGUGAGGGGCCUUUUGAAGAAGUCUUGA